UCCCCCCGUCGUCAACAACUGGAUCCGAGCUGUUUUCGACACCUAGCUUUGCUAGCGUAUUAGCCUUCGAUCACCUACUGCACUCCACCGAUCCAUCGAUCCGGGAAUUUAAACACCGCCUACAACCCAUCUCGAAUCAACCCAUCUCCGUUUUGUCACGCAUUGCGGUCCACUAAAUGUCGACUUAAAGCAAAAGACAACUUAAAACUCAUCUUGGAUUCCGUAGCACACCUCGGCUAACGACGUAGUCGGGGUUAGCUGACUGACAGCUGGCUAGCUCCCGACUCCCUGCUCGAUGUGGCCGCAGAGGAAAACCAAUUCGAUUACGGUUGCUAAAAAAAUGAUUCUGUUUCGACCUUGAGCCAAACGGAGCACAUUUGGGUGUCCUGAGACCACGGUCUUUACUCGGCAAGGAGGCACCUGGCCGACCGUACCCCAUCACAUUACUGGGAGCUGCACCCUCAACGCUAAUCAACCGAUGUCCCCUCGUCUUGACCUUACCACGCUGCCGAUAUGAUGCCAAUGAUCCUGACGGUGUACCUCAGCGACGGCGAGCAGUCCGUGACUGAGGUCCCCAUCACGCCCGAGACCACGUGCCGCGAUGUGGUGGAGUUCUGCAAGGAGCCGGGAGAGAGCGGCUGCCACCUGGCCGAGGUCUGGAGAGGCAACGAGCGAGCCAUCCCCUUCGAACACAUGAUGUACGAGCACCUGCAGAAGUGGGGCCCCCGAAAGCAGGAGGUCAAGUUCUUCCUCCGCCACGAAGACUCGCCCGCGGAGAGCAGCGACCCAGGGAGUCAGCAGUCUCAGGACCAGAGCAGUCGUAGGAGUGGCAGCAGCAGUGGAGAGAAGCACAACGAGAACGGGGUGGGGAGCCAGCGCGUGGAGCUCACCCUGUCCGAGCUGCAGGAGAUGGCGUCCCGGCAACAGCAGCAGAUCGAGGCCCAGCAGCAGAUGCUUGUCGCCAAGGAGCAGCGGCUGCGCUACCUGAAGCAGCAGGAGUCGCGGCAGCAGCAGACGGCGUCGGAGGGCGAGAAGCUGCAGAGGCUGAAGGAGCGCGUGGAGAACCAGGAGGCCAAGCUGAAGAAGAUCCGCGCCAUGCGGGGCCAGGUGGACUACAGCAAGGUCAUCAACGGAAACCUGUCGGCGGAGAUCGAGCAGGUGAGCAGCCUGUUCCAGGAGAAGCAGUCGGAGCUGCAGACAGCCGUGCUGCGGGUGGAGCAGCUCAGCCUGCAGCUGGAGGAGCUGCGGCGGGGCAAGCUCAACGGCCUGCAGGCCCCGCUGGGGGGCCCCGUCACGGGCACCGCCGCCCUGGAGCUCCGCAAGCUCUACCAGGAGCUCCAGAUCCGCAACAAGCUCAACCAGGAGCAGAACAGCAAGCUGCAGCAGCAGAAGGAGCUGCUCAACAAGCGCAACAUCGAGGUGUCGCUGAUGGACAAGCGCAUCAGCGAGCUGCGGCAGCGCCUCCACAAGAAAAAAGCUGAGGCACGUCAAAAAGAGAUCGUCCCUCUGAACAAGGCCAACGGGCCCCCCUCCCCCCAGCCGGGCACCCUGGGUCGAGUGGCCGCCGUGGGGCCCUACAUACAGGUGCCCGUUCCGGGGCAACAGCAGGGGGGCUACAACAUGCCUCCGGACCCCCUGAAGCCCCAGACGCUGGGCAUCAACACUCAGCCCCCCCACGGACGCAGCAAGUCGGCGGUGGACACCGGCUGGCCCAGCAAGGGCCCCUCGACCCUGAAGCCCCCCGACCGGAGGGACUCCGGGUCGGACGUCCAGGGCAAGAGCCCCACCACAGGCUCGCCCGGCGGAGACAAGGUGCUGGACUCUAAAGUCUCCUCCCCCGCCUCCUCCAAACCCCUGCCCCCCCCCUACGGCUCCCACCACACCACCACCUCCCCGCCCUCCGCCCCCACCCUGGAGCGCCGCAAGGACGUCCCGCCGCCGCUCCCGCCGCCGCGGCCCAACCCCAACCUGCCGGCCCCGGCCUGGCCCCGGGGGCCCCCCGGCAGCGGCUCCUCGUCCUCGGCCACCACCACCGCCUCCUCGUCCUCGUCCUCGCAGCAGAUCCAGCAGCGCAUCUCGGUGCCGCCCAGCCCCACGUUCCAGCAGCCCCUCUCCCCGCUGUACCCCCUGGGGCCGGGCGACCGGCUGGAGGCCCCCCAGGCCAUGGCCGUGCGGCCCUUCCUGCCCGGCGAGCGGGGCUCCUCGCGGCCGCAGUCGCCCCGCAAGGGCCCGGCCACCAUGAACUCCAGCUCCAUCUACCACAUGUACCUCCAGCAGGCGGCGCCCAAGGGCCAGCCGCCCAAGCCCGCGCUCAAAGCAGUGUACGGUAAGCCGGUGCUGUCGUCCUCCAGCUCCACCCCGCCCUCCCCGCUGCCCUUCACGGCGGCGGGCGGGGCCUUCCCCGCGCUGCAGCUGCUCCACCACGGCGACGACGGGCUGGACCCCGGCCUGGACGAGCCGGACGGCUUCCGGCCCCUGGACGGCACCUCGGCCCCCCCGCCCAGCGUGGACCACAUCCCGCGGCCCCUGAGCCCCACCAAGCUCACGCCCAUGGUGCACUCGCCGCUGCGCUACCAGAGCGACGCCGACCUGGAGGGGCUCCGCAAGAAGCUGGCCAACGCGCCGCGGCCCCUCAAGAAGCGCAGCUCCAUCACGGAGCCCGAGGGCCCCUCGGGGCCCAACAUCCAGAAGCUGCUGUACCAGAGGUUCAACACGCUGGCCGGCGGCAUCGAGGGCGGAGUGGGCGGCGGGGUCGGGGCCGGCGGCAGCCCGGGCAACGGGACGCCGUUCUACCAGCCGGCCCCGGGCCCCCGGGGGCCCGACUCGGACAACGGCAACGCCCCGUGCGACACGGAGCCGCCGCCGGGCGUCGCCGGGGGCGACGGGGGGGGGUCCGAGUCCCUGCCCCUGGCGGCGGACGCCAACGACAACCGAGGGAGGAUGCUGGAGUCGCCGGCCACGGUGAAGGAGGAGCCGGACGAGGAGGAGGAGGAGGAGGAGGAGGAAGAGGAGGAGGACGACAACAACAACAACACCCUGGGGGGGGGCGAGCCCCUACUGCCCAGCCCCGUGCCCGAGGUCAGCUCGCCGGAGGAGUGCGCCGCCGCCGCCGCCGCCUCACAGGCGCUGCUGGAGAAGCGUACGAACCUGAAGAAGCCCAACUCGGAGCGCACGGGCCACGGCCUGCGAGUCAAGUUCAACCCCCUGGCCCUCCUACUGGACGCCUCGCUGGAGGGCGAGUUUGACCUGGUCCAGCGAAUCAUCUAUGAGGUGGAGAACCCGAGCACGGCCAACGACGAGGGCAUCACCCCGCUCCACAACGCCGUCUGCGCCGGCCACCACCACAUCGUCAAGUUCCUGCUUGACUUCGGCGUCAACGUCAACGCCUCGGACAGUGACGGCUGGACGCCGCUGCACUGCGCCGCCUCCUGUAACAGCGUCCACCUCUGCAAGCUGCUGGUGGAGUCGGGCGCGGCCAUCUUCGCCAGCACCAUCAGCGACGUGGAGACGGCCGCCGACAAGUGUGAGGAGAUGGAGGAGGGCUACAUCCAGUGCUCCCAGUUCCUCUACGGCGUGCAGGAGAAGCUGGGCGUGAUGAACAAGGGCACGGUGUACGCCCUGUGGCAGUACGAGGCGCAGGGGCCCGACGAGCUCAGCAUCACCGAGGGCGACGCCAUCACCGUGCUGCGUCGUCACGACGACGCCGAGACGGACUGGUGGUGGGCGCGGCUCGACGACGGCGAGGGAUACAUCCCCCGCAACCUCCUGGGGCUGUACCCCAGGAUCAAGCCCCGGCAGCGGUCGCUGGCGUAGCCCCCGCGUCCCCCCUCCAGUGAGCCUACGAACAAACGGAUGCCACGCAAGAGAAGCGAGCAGCAAACAACGAAUAAAACCCCCCCCCAGAGCCACGAACAAGCGAGCCCGGCGCUCGA